AUCCACCUUGCCUCUCUGGCUGUCGUGUGGUGUCUCGGCCGCGGGGGCGAGGAGGCAGCCCCCGCCCCGGACUGGGUCCCCGCGCACGCACCCCUGCCUCCGCGCCCGCGCACCUGGCCACCGGGUCUCCGGGCGCCCCGUCCUCACCGCGCGCCUCUGAGCCUUUCGCCGUGCCUUUCUCUGCAGCGCCUCUACCUGUGCACUUCCCUGCCUGCCUGGCCCUCGGGCUCUGCUGGGUCUCCGGCCGCCGUCUCUCACUCGCCCGCCGUCUGUCCGGGGGACUAAGGAGGCACAAUGAGCGGCGCCUGCUCGAGCUACGUGAGCGCGGAGCAGGAGGUAGUGCGUGGCUUCAGCUGCCCGCUGCCGGGGGGCGAAGCGGCUGCUGUCUUCUGCUGUGGCUUCCGCGACCACAAGUACUGCUGCGAUGACCCGCACAGCUUCUUCCCCUACGAGCACAACUACAUGUGGUGGCUCAGCAUCGGAGCACUUGUGGGCCUGUCCACGGCAGCAGUGGUCCUUCUGGCCUUCCUCAUCACUGCCUUUGUGCUCUGCUACCUGUUCAUCAGCUCAAAGCCUCACACGAAGCUGGACCCAGGCCUAAGCUUACAGACAACAGGCUCCAAGGAGAUGUCACCUGACCACCAAGGUUUGAACACGGCAAUCAUGAUGGAGGUGCCAGGGGUAAGCUCUCCCAGGCAGAGUUCAUCCUUGAACACACGGCUGGAAAGCAAUGAGAGGCAGACUGUGGGUCCCAGAGGUCUUCUCCAGAACCAGUUCAUGGCUACAGUGACUGCUAGCCACAUUCCAGACAGCCCCGAAGAGGCCUCUGUCCCCACCCCUGACCCAUAUGGACCAGCUCCAUAAACAUCCAGUAAAUGUCU